AUGGCAGAUGACGUGGUCCUGCUAGCUGUACCUGUCAUCCGCCAGGAGUUUCACUGGGACUGCGGCUUGGCCUGCUCCAAAAUGGUCCUUAAAUAUUUGGAGAAGGUAGACGACGACCAGUUUCAAAGAGCAUGCUGGGAGCUCAAACUGACAGAGAGCGUUUGGACCAUAGACCUGGCCUACCUCAUGUCCCAUGUGGGGGUCCGACACGGCUUUUACACUCAGACUCUGGGUGUGGACAAGGGCUUCAGAAACCAGGCUUUUUAUAAGAAACAUUUCGACACCGAGGAAGACCGAGUGAACGAUUUGUUCAUGAAGGCAGAGAGCAAAGGCGUCAUCGUUAAGAAAUGCUCGGUGUCGGUGGAGGAGAUCCAGUCCCAUCUGCAGGAGGGGCACGUGGCCAUUGUCCUGGUGAACGCCGUGGUCCUGAACUGUGAGCUGUGUUCCGCUCCCGUCAAAUACUGCUGCUUCCUCCCGGUGGGACAGAAGUGCUUUUGUCGGAGGCCGGAGUAUCAGGGGCACUUUGUGGUGGUCUGCGGAUUCAACCGGACGUCCGAUAGCAUCUACUACAACAAUCCCGCCUACUCGGACCGAGUUUGCUGCACCAGUGUCGGUAACUUUGAGGAGGCUCGGCGCAGCUACGGCACAGAUGAAGACAUUCUAAUGGUUUAUAAAGACCACUGA